AUGAUUAUUUCCCUUCAUGAAUCUUCUUUAUUCCUGAAGAUCAUUUCUGCCUCUGGUGAUACUGCUGCUGUGUGGUCUAAAGCAAAAACAAAACAAAAGCAUUUGAUUGUGUUGUUACCAAAUCUCUCUAUCAGAUUCAUCUACAAUACAGAAUCCAACAACCAAUCAGGAGGUUUAAAAUUACUUCUGCUGGGACUGACAGAGGAUCCAGAACUACAACCUUUCAUCUUUAGCCUGUUCCUCAUCAUGUACUUGGUCACAGUCCUUGGAAACCUGUUCAUUGUCCUGGCUGUCAGCUCUGACUCCAAACUACACACCCCCAUGUACUUCUUCCUCUGCAAUCUCUCUUUUACUGACAUGUGCUUAAGCACGACUACCAUCCCAAAGAUGCUGGUGAACAUCCAGAUACACAACCAGAGCAUCACUUAUACUGGCUGCCUCCACCAGAUUUUCUUUGUCCUGGUUUUCAGUGUUUUUGAAAACUUUCUUCUCGUAGCAAUGGCCUAUGACCGCUAUGUGGCCAUUUGUCACCCACUGAGGUACACAGUCAUCAUGAAUCCCUGCUUCUGUGGACUAUUGCUUUUAUUUUCCUUCUGCAUUAGUGUAAUGCCAGCCCUGCUCCACAGCCUGAUGGUUUUGCGCCUGUCCUUCUGUACAGAACUGAAGAUCCCUCAGUUCUUCUGUGAGCUUCCUCAGGUUCUCAGGGUUGCCUGUUCCAGUGCCCACAUAAAUAACAUCUUGAUAUAUUUUACUAAUUGUACAUUGGGUGGUGUUUCCUUCUCCGGAGUCAUAUUCUCUUACACUCGGAUUGUCUCUGCUGUCUUAAGAAUGCCAUCAUCUGGUGGGAAAUAUAAAGCUUUUUCCACCUGUGGAUCUCACCUCUCAGUUGUUUCUUUAUUCUAUGGGACAGGCUUUGGUGUUUAUUUCAGUUCUGCACUUACACUCUCUCCCAAGAAGACAGCACUAGCCUCAGUGAUGUACAUGGUGCUCCCUCAAAUGAUGAAUCCUUUUAUCUACAGCCUGAGGAACAGGGACAUGAAGGUCAGCUUCAGAAAGCUCAUUGGUAGGAUUCCUUCUUUUUAG